AUGGUCAACCAGCUGACGAUGCAAAGGAGCGUGGAUGCCGGGCUGGCGUAUAUUAUUUCGAUAGAAAAUCAGGCCAUGAAUAACACGAAUACGGCAGCGAGAUUGGUGAUGGAUAAGGCGCAGGAGGCGCAGCAGGCCCUCCUGGUCGCUCGAACAAUUACAGCAUUUACCGUCGAGCAACGCUAUCUAAUUAAUACAGCGGCUUAUGAAGCAAAUGCCGAGAUUGAGAGCACGCGACUCCAAACGAUAAAAAUGAUCGAGGAGCUGGCGAUGCAAGGAAAGCUGCUAGCCAACAUUGCGCGGAAUUCUUUGAUUCAGCUGAGGUCUAUUGGUAUCUACAACCAAAUCGCCGCUCCCACAAUCCGGCGAAAUUUGCAAACCUACAGAAAUGAAAUGGAAAAGCGAGCAGAGGAGCUAAAUAAAAUUCUGAAGAUCUACAAUUCUAACGUCGAUGCGGCCGUCUGUCGCAUGAGCAUCGGCCCGAACGGAGAAAAAGGUUGCGAUGCCUUUCCGACUCCCGGGCCGCUCCCUCUUCCC